AUGAAAAAUUUAUUUCGAUUUAAAACGAUACACGUUUCGCCACAUAAAGCCAAAGUCGAGAGCUGCAAAGAGAAUUUUGUAAUGGAUAAUCAAACCUGUAUUUUUCUCGGAAUCAAAGUUAAACCUGGACCGAUAGAACGCCAUAAACUCGACAACUAUGGUCUAGACAACACUGUGGAUAGUUUAAAAACUGAAGCUGAAAAGAAGUCUAAUGUACCCUCUGCUUCUUUAGAAUUGAUCCAUCAUGGUAAGAUCUUGAAGGAUGAUCUGACACUCCAUGACAGUGGAGUAAAAAGUGGAGAGAUGGUACAUGUGGUGAAAAAGAAGGUCCAAACACCACCUCCACCUCCUCCAACAUUUACUGAUAAUGAUCUUCAACUGCUAAACAGUUCUUUGAGAACUUUAGGUUGUACACCAAAUGCUCCUGGAUGGACUAGAGCUAUGCAGUUAUUGAAUGAUGAAUCUGCAAUGGCCGAGAUUGUAGAGCAAGCCCCUUCCAUUGGAGAAGACUGUGUAGCUCUAUCAAUUCUACAUGAAGUGGAAUUAUUAGCUGCUUUAGGAGCUAACAUACACACUAUGAGAAGAGGUGCCAAUGCUCAUCCAGAGUUACCAGCUGCUUUAAGACACCUAACACGUCUCGUACGAUCUCGCAACAGUACAACAUCUUCUACUGACAGUGUCCCCACAUCCGGCUUUGCUUAUUCAUUAGAAGCACUAUCAGAGGAUGAGGAUGCAGAUGAAGAAGAAACAGAAGAAACUGAAAGAAAUCCUAUCACCCAGGAACAGUUUACUGCAGCUUUGCAGGCCGCUACAGACGCUAUAUCGUCGUCGAGUGGUCGCGGCGGCACCGGCAGUCAAGAUAGCCUAGUGAGACUAUUACAGUCAGCUGGCGAGUCAAGCAGAACUCCCUCCUCCGCAACAGGGUCUGGUACAGCAAUUGAUCUCGGGCCUUUCCAAUCACUCAUAACUACUGAAAUGUUCACCGAAGCGUUAUCCGACGUUAUAAACAGAACUACCAGAUAUCCGGAAGGAACACCAAGGGAACACACUCAUCCUGCGUCAUCAUCUCAAAGUCCAGCGGCAAGAGAGAAUAGCGAGGAUUUCUCAACACAAAUACAAUUCAUGCACGAAAUGGGCUUAUUGGACGACGCGCUCAACAUGCGCGCACUCAUUAUUUGCGCAGGUGAUGUGAAUGCAGCAAUCGAUUUAGUUUUUAGUGGAGCCAUUGGGGACGAAUAA